UUAUAGUUGAACAUCAUACAUAAUAUAUAUAUAUACACACACACAUAGAAUCUAACCUCUCAAGUAGUUCCACCAUGACAUCAACCAGUUGCUGCCUCCGUCUUUACCCUACAACUUCAAACGCUUCUCUCAUCCCUAAAAACUCACCUCAACUUUCCUCGGAGAUCAAAAACAGUGGAUGCUGGAGAAGGCGGUGUGUUGUGAUAGGAGUGGCUUCGUGCUUCUCUAUAAUUGGACUACAAUUCAACAAUUCAGUGUCAUUGGAACAUGAAGCUGUGGCUAAGGAGAAUACCAUGUUGGUGGCCAUGUCAAAUUCAAUAGAUGAUGAUGAUGAGCAUGUGUUUUUGGUUGGUGGUGCGGCCAAAUGGAGCCAGAAAAGGAUGUGCCCCUCUUGGCAAGGAAACAAUCCCCUCGAAACCAUCGUGCCAGAGAAUCUUCCACGGCCAGCAGCACGUCGGAGAUAUGAGACUGUUCGCUCCACCUCUAAGAUUGCUCCACCACUCUCAAUGUCCGUCAAACUUAAAACCAAUAGGGACAGUUGUUUCUCCAUGUGAAAAUUCAAUUAAUUAGUAAAAUUGUACAUAAUUAUUAAUCAUUUAGUUCUUGCACAAAUUAGCUUUGUGAUAUAUUCUUGUCUUGGAAACUCAGAAAUAUCCAAUAAGUCAUGUAAUGAUCGUAAUAGCUAGUACUUUGUUGGAUUUAUGCACGUUCAUCUUGUAGUACAAUGUGUAGUACAUACAUAUUUCGAUUGCUUUCACGUUUCUCCGA